AUGUUUGUCAUUGACGAACUUUGGUGUUUUUCACGAAGUGAUAAAAACGUGAACAGGGAUUCGUUUGUGAAAUGCAUCCUCAAGGGUGAAGAAUUGUAUGGAAUACCUUCGAAAACUAUUUUUAUAUCUCUGCCAAUAAGUGAACAAGACACAGACGACUCAUCGGCCGUUGUAUCACACUCUAUGUUAAUAAAUGACAUAUCUGAUUAUAAAAAAUGGCUUCUAAUCAUUGCAAAUGUUACAAAAGGAAAUAUAAUAAAUCCAAAAGUAAGAAGAGCAAAUACUAUUCAUAAUUAUAUCAUAUAUUUCAGACAUAGUGGGGAAUUUAGAAAGUCUAUUGAUUUAUUAAACGAACAAAAAGUGCUCAAUCCACAUGCCAAUUUUCUAAUAGUUACCACAACGCAUUUUGAAAGUGAUCACCCGAUUAUAAUAGAAAUAUUUCAAGUUCUAGAGGAGUUUCAAAUAUUAAAAUCAGUAUUACUAAUCGGGGAUCCGAAAGACCAAUCAAAUUUUAAUUUGUUUGGAUUCAUACAGUUCAGGAACGACACUUGCAAAAAUAAUGCACGAAAAGAUAUAAAACUAAUUGACACUUGCAGACAGGGAAAUUAUACGUCGAACACAAAAUGGUAUGAUUUUAAUGUUCCUAGACUAUUUAAGUCGUGUACUUUGAAGGUGGUUUAUGCAGAAGUGCCACCUUACGUUGUGAAUAUGAAACAGAAAGAUGUCUUGAGUAGUGACGAAUUUACUUCACAUGGACUCGAAAUUGGUAUAGUAACAAAUAUUUUUGCCUAUAUGAAUAUUUCUUUGAGGUUUAUUAAGAGCGAUAUCAUAGGGGAUAUUGAUUCUGAUAAAAGAAGUACCGGAUCUUUGAGGAUACUAUUAAACAAAGAAGCUGAUUUGGCUAUUGGCGUAUACGGAUUGACGUUAGCGAGAAUGACUUUUUUUGACAAUAGCUUCCCAUAUAUUUUUGAAAACCUUGUUUGGGUAGUACCUCAUGAACACUUGCCUUUAGGUGAAUUAUUAUUAGGAUUAGCAUCUAUAAUUCAUUACGAUGUUUGGAUAGUGAUUGCCCUAUUGGGCGUUACAACAGGAUCAUUGAUUAUUUUCAUUUCUAACCAUACAAGUGAUGAAACUAUUGCCUUCAAACGUCCAAGCAGAGCGGUACAAAAUUUAUUAACGAUUAUGCUCAACAUCACAGUAGGCUCGUUACCAAAAAGUCACGCAUUAAGAAUGAUAUUUUCAAUGGUUUUGGUUUUUGCUAUUACAUACAAUGCCGCAUAUACUACAUAUUUGACCAGUGUUUUAGCUAAAGCGGAUCGCUAUAGAGAAAAAUAUGAUGAUGUUAGUGAUAUUGAGGAGCAUAAUUUAAGCAUCUAUAUUGCUCCCAAUGCUAGGAAUUUUUUUCAAAUUAGCUCAACUAUACACUAUAAGCUAGUACACAGAGGAACACGUUGCAUACUUGCUGACUUUGAUAAAUGUCUUAACGACGUCGCAAUGCAUAGGAAUGCAUCGUUUCUUGCCCAACACGGAUUUGUUAAAUAUGUUAGAGAUAACUACUUGUCAGCAUCGCAUACUCGACUUUUAAAAAUCCUACCAGAUCCAGUUCUGUCUUAUCAAGUGAAUUUUUUCAUGGUCAAAGGCUUCUGGGGCUUGGAAAGGGUGAACUCUUUACUGAACAACGCAGUUGCAUCGGGGCUUGCAGAAAAAUGGAUGUAUACUCCAAAAAAUCAUAACUCAGCUAAUGUUACAGAUAUUGCUGAAAAUGAAAGAGUUGCCGAAGGAACUACCACGUUAACUUUCAAGAAUUUAGUGUUUGUGUUUUAUUUGAUGUUAGCAGGACAUGCAAUAGCAACUAUUGCUUUUAUAGCUGAAGUACUGAUCCACAAGUAUUACGAUGAUAAUAUAAGAAUACCAUCUGGAAAGCUGGAUUUGCUGACUUGGCCUGAACAUACUCUCUACCAGUAA